CGGCCCAGCAUCAAGUGAUGCUCCAUCCCCGGCAGGUGAGUGAGGGAAACUGAGGCAUGGGGUGGGGGGCAAUUGGUGCAACUGCACGAAGAUUGGGGCAUUUGCUCCAGGGUGCAGUUGCAUCAAAGUGUUUGCCCCCAGGGAAGGGUAUUUGCACGAGGGCUGGGACAAUUGCACAGAGGCUGGGGCAAUUGCAUAUGUUGUUUGUUGCCAGGGAAGGGUAUUUGCACAAGAGCUGGGGGCAAUUGUAAUAACAAUGGUAGUUGUGUGAGGAAUGGGGCAUUUGCUCCGGGAGGGGCAUUUGCAUUAGCGCUGGGGUAAUUGUGCAAGGAGUGGGGCAGUUGUGCAGAGUGUUUGCCCCCAGGGGAGGGCAUUUGCAUGAGGGACGAAGCAAUUGCAUAGUUCUGGGGGCAGCUGCACGAGGUGUUUGCCCCGGGCUGGGGUAUUUGCACAAGGACUGGGGCAAUUGCACUGGGCCGGGCAGGGCCGAACGCGAGGACCCCCUCACGUGAUGCGCGCCAAGAUGGCGGCGCCCAUGGCGGCGCCCGACGGAAGCGGAAGUGGGUGCGUGGAGGCGGCGGUGCGCGCUGUCGCUUCCCCCGCUGAGGGGCAGCCCCCGGGAUGCCCGGCCCCGCGCCAUGCUACUCGCCGCCUACACCUCCCUCGCCGCGCUGCUGGCAGCCGCGCUGGGCCUGGAGCUGUUCUCCCGCCGCGCCGCUGCCCCCGCCACCAACCCGGCCUUCGCCCGCUUCCAGCACCACUUCCUGCGCGCCUACCUGCCCGCGCUGGCGGCCGACUGGCUGCAGGGCCCCUACCUGUACAAGCUGUACCGCCACUACCGCUUUGUGGAGGGGCAGAUCGCCAUCCUCUACGUCUGUGGCUUCGCCUCGGCCGUGCUGCUCGGCCCCCCUGCUGCCUCGCUGGUGGACCGCCUGGGCCGGCGCGCGUCCUGCGUGCUGUUCUCACUGAGCUGUGCUGCGUGCUGCCUCACCAAGCUGUCCCGCGAUUACCUGGUGCUGGCGGCCGGGCGCGUGCUGGGCGGGCUGGCCACCGCACUGCUCUUCUCCGCCUUCGAAGCGUGGUAUGUGCACGAGCACGUGGAGCGGCAUGACUUCCCCGCCGAGUGGCUGGCCGGCACCUUUGCACGGGUGGCUUUCUGGAACAACGUGCUGGCCGUGGGGGCCGGUGUGGUGGCAACCGCCCUGGCUGAGUGGCUGGGGCUGGGCCCGGUGGCCCCGUUUGUGGCGGCCAUCCCGCUGCUGGCGCUGGCGGCUGCGCUGGCGCUGAAGGACUGGGAGGAGAACCACGGGCCGCCGCGCGCGCUGGCCAAGACGUGCGGGGACGGGCUGCGCUGCCUGCUGGCCGACGGGCGCGUGCUGCUGCUGGGCACCGUGCAGGCACUCUUCGAGAGCGUCGUCUACAUCUUCAUCUUCCUCUGGACGCCAGUGCUGGACCCGCACGGGCCGCCGCUGGGCAUCGUCUUCUCCAGCUUCAUGGCGGCCAGCAUGCUGGGCUCGGCGCUGCAGCGUGUGGCCGUGUCGGCGCGGUACCGCCUGCAGCCCGUGCACCUGCUGGCGCUGGCCGUGCUGCUGGCCUUCCUCUCGCUCUUCAUGCUCACCUUCUCCACCGGGCCCGGCCAGGAGAGCCCGGCUGAGUCCUUCCUCGCCUUCCUGCUGCUGGAGCUGGCCUGCGGGCUCUACUUCCCCUCCAUGGGUUUCCUGCGGCGCAAAGUGAUCCCCGAGAAGGAGCGUGCCGGCGUGCUGCACUGGUUCCGUGUGCCGCUCAACCUGCUGGCCUGCCUGGGGCUACUGCUGCUGCACGGCAGCGACCACCGCAGUGGCACGCGCAGCAUCUUUGCCCUCUGUGCCGCGCUGAUGCUGCUGGCGCUGCUCGCCGUUGGCCGCCUCUUCGCCGUUGGCCGUCAUGAUCCAGAGCUGCGGCUGCCGCCCCCCCAGGGCCCCCCUGAGGGCCCUGAGUAGUGAGGGUGGUAGUGGGGAGAGGUGGUCCCCAGAAACGCUGCAGUGCCCCCCUCUGGAGAGACAGGGACACGGCACAGUGGGACGAGUGACCCCCAUGCACCUUUGCAGCCGCCUCUUCUUUGUUUUGUAAAGAAAAUAAAGUGUUUCCAUAGA